CGUUAGCUGAGUGGUGAUGAAAUUUUACAUCAUUUCCUGCGAAUCAUUUUCCAGCAGUGUCGGCUUGUUUACCAAUUAGAACAGGGAGGAUCGGCCUUUAUGUAUCUGACGCACUCUUAUCUCAUUAUCCGUACCUCGGCCGAAUGGCAGGAAGUGAGAAAUGGGCAAACAAUUUCACGGCGUCUAUGCCUCUAAGCAUUCGGUUUGCCUAUUCCGCCCUCGCCUUUAUUGUCCGUGAUGUAAUACGCACUAAAAGCUAGUUGGCUUACCUCAUUUGUUCAGUCGUCUGUAGUACAAUCUGUUCUUGAAGUCUAUCAAUGCAGCUGUCAGUAUUUGUAUUUUCACUACGACAGAAGCCCGAUAGUCGAAUACUCAUGACGACUGUCUCGUCUGUCGCAUCGCAUCGUUACCCCCUACCAAGUGUAGCAUGUGCCAAUGAGAUGACGAAAAUAGGACUCACUCUACUUUCUGUAAUGGCGUUCUCGCUCGUGGCUGUUCAGGGCGAUGAGCCGUCACAGUGGGAUAAGAUCGGAGCCAAGCUCUCUGAGAUUUGGGAUAAGACGAAGGAGACGGUGAGCGACGGAGCUAAGACGAUUGGACAACAUGCAGAGAAGUUUGGAAGUAACGCAAAGGAAACGGCCGAGAAGUUGUUUAAGAACGCGAAGACCGAAGUCGGAAUCACUCCUGAUAAGGAGUCAUAAACGCGCAUCGGCUACGCUCAUCGAACCUAUUGCAGUUUUGUCUACACGAACAUCAAACACCAAUCGAUGUAAAAAUUAACUGCGAUUCAUCUAGCGGUUCAUAUAGCUCCUGUGAACAAAUGCCUUACAAAACUAUUAUUAAAUGUUUCUAUAACCAUUCAAACUAUCAAACGUGAGAUAACAGCAAUUCAAAAAAAAGAAGCAAAGAUGGAGGAAGAUGUUGUGAAUCGAUUGCGUGAGGUGCUAGCUACUACUGCAGCUUUUUACGUAAAAUUAUUUAUACGAGAGAAGAGAGAAAAAAAUACAUCUUCUAAAACGACUAA